UUAUCGCUCGAUCACAUGUUGGCUAUAUUGUUGUUUACAAUUUUUAAAACGAAUAUAAAGUAAUGUCCUUGCAGAACAACGAAAGCAACGAAAUCGUACAACGGAUUGUUAGCUUAGGCAUCGCUGAAAAUGCAGAGGAAAUCACAGGCUUGCUCAAGAGCCUGCGCCUUCUGCUCACCAAAAGCAGCGCCGCCCAAGAGGCUGUGGCAAAGAAUGCUGAGUUUUCUAGUUUUAUAGAAGCCAUGGCGUUGAAUCCCCAGAUGCGCACCGAGCAAAGUACCAUCCACACACUCACGCUGCAGGUACUGGCCAAUACUGUGGUGAACAAUGGACCCGCCCAGGCACACAUCUGGACGCUGCAUGGCACACUGAUUGCCGAGCAGGCCUGUGCCGCUCCCUUGGGAAGCUCAAACAACGUGCUGCUCAUGAUAAUGUACAACAUCUACCUUAAUGGCUGUGGCCUGAUCAGUAAUGAGCUGGCUCUCCAGACAUGCCUCCGCUUGUGGCAGGCCAUCAACGAGGCAAAGUGCACCCUCAACUUUGAGUAUUUGCACUUCUUUCUGGAGAACUUUAUGGUGUCGAAUGGUCGAGUCUGUGUGGGCUGUUAUCAGCGUCUGAGCACCGAGGAGCGCAUAGCCUUUCUGGAUUAUGUGGCGCACUAUCUGCGCGAGAACAGCCCGAACGGGAAGCUGGCCCCAUUCCUGCUGCAGCACUUUGCCAAGGAGUUUCGACUGAAGUCUGACUGCAUAUUGCGGGAAACGAUGAAGCUGCGCCACGAGCUGCAUCCUCGGGAAGUGCACACGCUACUGCGCAUCAUAGCCAGUGUCAGCGGUUCCGAAGAGUAUGCCAACUUCUAUGCGGAAGAUCAGUCACUGUUCAUCAAUGUCAGCAGCUUGCUGCGCUGUGUGGUUGCAGCAGGCAAGGAGGCAGACGGUGGAGGGCUAGACAAGCCAAUGACCAAGCUGGAAGAGGUGGCCCUCACAUCCGGCGUGGAUGCGGAGUACGAAAAGAAGGUUUCCUACGAGCUGAAGACGCUCCUGGUGCGCUGCUCCGCCAAUUUGUUGUACGAGAACAAGGCGAACAAAGGCUACUGCAUUGACACACAGCUGCUGCCCACUCUGCUCGAGUGCACGGUCAUGGAUGCCCGCAAUCCUUUAAUGCGGGAGUGGAGCAUUUUGGCCAUACGCAAUGCCUGCAUCAAUUGCCCAGAGGCUCAGCAGAUUGUCGCCGGCCUAACCAUGCAGGGUUCGGCCCCCAAUGACCUCCUCAGCGAACUCAAUCUGGACAUGGGCGCCCUGCGCAUCUCGGACAAACGCCAAUAGCCGAAUACCAGCACUCAGCACAGAGAAAACAUACACAGACCAGACCAGACAGGCCAUUGGGAAGCGAGGCACGACCACUGGCUGGCCAACAAGUGGUUAGCUGUCUUUCGCACGACGUCAUCCGCCCGGCGGCCGCCUCUCCUUGCGUUGAGCGAUGCGCUAAUGGUAUGCCAAAAGAUCUAACAACAUUCAUAAACUCGUUGUCACCGUUUAAUGGCAUCGCAGGGCGCGUGCGGCGACUCGCGGGGCAACGCGAACGGACAUUCGAGCGAGCAUCCGCGAGCGCUGCUACAGCAAGAGCGGAUAUAAAAAUAGCUGCCCAUGUACCAUGCUCUGUGCACCAUUAAAAAAGAGAUGGCUAAAUUCAUCAAUUUCUAAAUUUAUGCACACAAAUUGCUACACUGAGUUGAGUUGAGAUGAGUUCGGUUUAUGGGGCAAUUAAGAAACGAUGACGUCGUCGAGCGCUUCCUUUGGCGACUUCUGCAGGUGGCAGCAUGGUUUGGGAUGCCUCCUCCUUCCACUCUCAUUCCCAUUCACAUGCGUAAAUCUGUGUAUGUGGAACACGCGCCGCCAACAAACGCCAACGCCAACGCCAUGAGUUUAUGUUUAUGUUGCUCUGCAGGGCAAAGAAACAAUGGAGGCAACAGCAACGGGCACCACACUCACGCUGGCUGGCAGCCUUUUGUUUCAGCUCGCUCAGACGACGACGACAGCAACCACUGGCAGUGGCAGCAGUGGUCCGGUCCGGUCCCUCCUCCCAGCAGUCAGUCAGUCUGUGCUCUGCUUUGGCCAGCAGCAGACGGGAGUCAACGACGGAAUCGCCGCGAUCGCCGGGUCCUCAAAGCACGACCACCGUUCAACGUUCAUCGUUCGCGCUCUUUGAUUACUCUUGAGUUUUUCGACGGAAUUUGUUCGGUUUUUGUGUAGUAUAUUUAUUUAUUUCUGUUGUUAUCGCAUGCUUCGUCUCGGUUUUUAGUUGAGGAAUUAGCAAAAUUUUAUUUUAGACAUUAAGACGCUUGCGCCUGGGCAGGCGAUCCUCGUAAAAUCAAAUCAACACAAACGCGAACGCUGCCGGAGCCCAUAAAAGUCGUCGAUAAACAAUUUGACUUGGAGCAGAGAUUAUUGUUGCAGCGUUGCAGCCUUAAUGGAACGUGCCCUGUUCCAUGUGCGUGUGGAUUACCCGUUGCCAUCGUCCGGAGAGC